GCUUGAUCUCGGCGAGUUGAUCAGAAAUGCGGCUUCCGAAAACAAAAAGACGCAGGCUAUCCAUGACUCGCUUUUGAUACUUCGCGGCGAUGUUGAAGCUCUCCCGCUUCCUGCCUUCCAGAAAUGAACAGGCCAGGAACUUUUUAUUGAGGAAGGCUACUAAAAUAAAGGAUACCUUUUGGUUGAGUGCUUUUAGUUCUCAACAUGGUAUUUCAACCUCUGGACCAGAUCUUGUGGCAAAUGCAGGAAAUUUCUCAGGCAGAAGAUUUGCACAAUACACAAUUUUUAAAGGGAAAGCUGCCCUUUCUGUGUCACCAAAGUUACCAAGUUUCUGUAUAAUGGAUUCAGGGAGUUCUAGAGUUGACCGAAAGGGUGGUGUAAUGCUGACAUUUUGGCCUGCUGUUGGGCAACGGAAAUACGAUUGGCAAAAGAAGCAGGUCUUUGCUUUAUCACCUACUGAAGUUGGAAGCUUGAUAAGCCUAGGCCCUGAUGAAUCUUGUGAAUUUUUACACGAUCCUUCAAUGAAAUCAAGUCUUGAAGGCCAGGUGAAGAAAUCACUGUCAGUUACCCCACUUGGCAAUAGCAGUGGCUAUUUCCUUAAUUUGAAUGUUGUGAAUACCGUCCAGAAGACAAAUGAGCGCUUUUCAUUACCAGUUACAAAGGCUGAGUUUGCAGUGAUGCGCACAGCAUUAAGUUAUGUAUUGCCACACAUCAUGGGCUGGGACCAAGUCAUCGGUCCGCGGCUGCCAAACAUCCCGCAGAACACUCCAAGGCAGCGAAGGGAGGUGCUGCCAGACCCGGAUUUUGAAUGGGGAAGGUGAUAUUAAAUGUGUAUUUUGCAUCACACCUCUCGUCAUUGGAAAGAAGUGACCAUGUAAUCUGCCACAGUCAGGCCUAAAUAUUCUCUUGGAAUCCCCAGAUGUAUGUUUGAACUUGUUGGGCAAUUAAAUCGCUCAUCUAUAUUGUUGGCUAUAUAUAACAUCAGGUUUUGUUUAGGGCCUGUUUGGUU